UUUAGUGUUUUGUCGUAUUUCUUUCUUUGUUCGUCAAGAAAGGAAAGGAAAGAAAUUUCGUCAAGUACAAUAACAAACUCUUAUUUGCAAGUUUCAUAUGCUACUCUGCUAAGAGCUACUGAUGGGUUAUCUGAGGCUAAUUUGAUUGGUGCUGGAAGUUUUGGGGUUGUGUACAAGGGAGUUCUCAAUGUUGAUGAUAGAGCUCAAAUGGUUGCCGCCGUAAAGGUGUUUAACUUGUCACGCCAUGGAGCAGCAAAGUGUUUUAUAUCUGGAUGUGAGGCUUUGAGAAAUAUGAAGCAUCGAAAUCUCGUCAAGAUUAUAACUGCAUGUUCAAGUGUUGAUUCUCUUGGUAAUGAUUUCAAGGCUUUGGUUUAUGAGUACAUGGAAAAAGCAAGCUUAGAGAAGUGACUACAUCCACCGAGUGACAUUGAAGAAGCAAGAGAGGCACCCAAGAGUUUAAAUCUUUUGCAAAGGCUCAGCAUUUCCAUUGAUGUUGCUUGUGCUCUUGAUUAGUCGAUUAUCUUCAUCAUUGUUCUAAAAAUCCUCGC